AUGUCCUCCUCCCUGCCUGCCUGCCUGCCUGCCUGCCGGCCACAGUCGUCCGUCGCCGCCGCCACCACCCGCUGCCCGCCACCGCCGGCCGCUGUUGUCGUCCGUCCGUCCAUCCACCUGCCUGCCUACCCGCCCAUUCGUCUGUCUGUCUGUCUGUCAGCCGCCACCCGGAGCUCGCCGCCGCCGCCCAGAGCUGUCCGCCGCUUCCCAGUGCUCGCCGGCGCCUGCUGUCCGUCCACGCCCCCGCGGAGGAAGCGCUGCCUUAUUAGCCAGGCCGCGCGCUACACGCCGUCCCGGCUACACGCCGCGCCGCGCCGCGCCGCGCCGCGCCACACACCUGCCCGGGGCAAUUUGUCCGCACCGCCUCCCGAGCCGCGAAACGCGUCGAUUAAUAACGCGCGCCGACCGCCGCCAUUAGUCAGGAGCGGCCGCAUCAGGCGCGCCGCGCGCGGCCCGCCCCCGCCAGCCGGCCCUUAUCUGUGUCCCUGCCUCUUCUGGUCUCGUGCCCUGCCCUUAAUCCGCCCGCCGUGCCCGAACUCUCGCCUCCCGUCGUGUGCGGACCGUCGCCCGACGGCGGCGAUUAGUCCGAACGUGCCUGCAGCAUCCCAGCCGUGA